ACUCCAGCUAUUCAGGUUCCGGGGCUGAGCUCCGUGGGACUUGCAUAAGCUUGCGGGGAGAUUGCCACAGCGGGCCCCGAGCAGCUGACAGCCGCAGGGACUCCGUCUGAAGAGGAAGAGUCCGCCGCAGCCGCCGGGGGUCGUGGCCCCGGAUAGCAGCAGAGGCAUGGAGGGCCCGGAGCCUGCGGACGGCGAGCUGGUGGUGGACCUGUCCCGCCUGGGCCUGGAGAGCCUGAGCCUGGAGCAGGUGCCGGAGGAGCGGAAGCGGGAGGCCCAGCAGCUGCUGCUGCCCCACAACCGCCUGCUGCUGCUGCCGCCCGCCGUGGCCGCCUUCUCCCAGCUGCAGCUCCUGGACGUCAGCAACAACGGGCUGGCGCACCUGGGGGACGAGCUGCUGGCGCUGGGCCGCCUGAGGACCCUGCUGGCCAAGAACAACCGGCUGGACGCCGAGUCCCUGCCCAAGGAGCUGGCGGCGCUGCGGCUGGAGGUGGUGAACUUCAGCGGGAACCUGUUCGAGGAGCUGCCGGGGCAACUGCUGCACAUGCCCAGCCUGAAGACGCUGUCCAUGGGGGGCAACCGGCUGAAGAGCAUCCCGGCCGAGAUCGAGAACAUCACCAGCCUGGAGUUCCUGUACCUGGGAGGCAAUCUCAUCUCGUACAUCCCCCCGGAGCUCGCCAACCUGCCCCACCUCAGCUACCUGGUGCUGUGUGACAACCGGAUCCAGAGCGUGCCCCCUCAGCUGGCGCAGUUAUACUCCUUGCGGUCCCUCAGCCUCCACAACAACCUCCUCACUUACCUUCCCCGUGAGAUCCUGAGCCUGGUGCGCCUGCAGGAGCUCAGCCUGCGCGGGAAUCCUCUGGUGGUGAGGUUUGUCAGGGACCUGACCUACAUGCCGCCCACCUUACUAGAGCUGGCGGGCCGCACCAUCAAGAGCCGCGGGAUCCCCUACAGUCCCUGGGAGCUGCCCGAGAACCUCGUGAGAUACCUCGACCUGGCCAGCAAGUGUCCCAACCCCAAGUGCGGAGGCGUGUACUUUGACAGCUGUGUGCGUCACAUAAAGUUUGUGGACUUCUGUGGGAAGUACCGCCUGCCGCUGAUGCAUUACCUCUGCUCCCCGGAGUGCUCGUCUCCCUGCAGCUCUGUGUCCUCGCAGAGCGAGUCCGACUCUGAGGACGAGGCCAUCGUCGCCGCCCGCAGGAUGCAGAAGGUACUGCUGGGCUGAACGCCUUCCGUGGACUGGAUCUGCACGGGAUCCACAGAUCCAUUAAGACUUUCCUGUGAUCCAGGAUCUGACCUCGCCACGUCCUGCGGCUCCGGCCGCCAUUGAGCCAUCAUCUUCCGUAAACGGGAGGAAACGUAGCUGUUAGCCGGUGUCCAUAGCGAUGGCGGCGGUGCUGGUCAUGUGACUCUCUUGGUAUUUGUCCAGUCUUCACAUUGAUUCCGGGGAUAGCCUCUGACCUCAGGACUCCGUGGCGGAGCCGUGACUUGGGAUGACCCCCGUGUUCUAGCACUUUACCUGGACGUUGGAGAAAGUAACCUGAGACUACAACUCCCACCGUGUCCUGACUGUUCUGUAGACUGUGCCUUAAUGUUCAUAGGAAGGAACUAUUGUAGUGGCCCCUGGUGGUCAACCUCCCUUACUACAGCCGAUCUGCCUGGCCCCAGGGGAAGACGGGUCAGACGUGUUUCCUACAUCCUGCUCGCCCAAUCCUCCAAAGGGGUGGGGCUUAUUGGUUGGGCGUGGCCUAUGGCGCUCUUGGAGGAGCCUGCGACCAUUAGUCGCUCCUGGUGUUACUCGGUUCUGCUUCCUUAGCCCGAUGUCGGCCUCUGCGUUGCUGCAGACGAGCACCACCAACCUCCAGCUGUGCUGAAACUACAACUCUCAGCAUCCACACUUGCUCUGCUGUUGCCUUCUCUGAACUCUAAUAAUGACUUGAGCAUGCUGGGAGUUGUCGUUUCACAUCAUCUUGAGUUUGCACCGUUUUUGAGCCGCUGCCCCCUGUAGGUGAGAAGUGGUGUUACAGCCAGUGUUAUCAGCCCCAAUGUGAAUAAAGUUGGGUUAGGUUUGACUCGUGGUCUGACUCCAUGUUGUGUGAGACGCCUCCAGUCACCCUGGGCCCAGCGCUCGGCCUGCAGAUUGGGAUUAGUAUGGAACUAUAACCCCUGGGGAUUCUUCUCAUUUUCAAGAUCCCUGCUUGCUGCAGUGAAUGUUAUUCCAGAGCUGACCUGUUUUAGUGACUCCUUCACACGUGGCAGAAAAUUCUGCAACUGAAAAUCGCUCAUCCGUUCUUAACCCUUUCUACCCCAGAUGUUUUUGUUUUCGUUGUGCGCUCCCUGCC